AUGGCCAUCUCCCUUGCAAACCGCUGUAGCCCAACGCGGCUGGGUCUCCCCAUGGACGAAAAGGGUCCACAGAAACAGAGUAUGUGGCAUAGGUUGGGGCUUCGAAGGUGGUUGGGUCGAGAUGAUAGAGAUCGAGAUACCCGGGAGAAUCAGAACCGCGAUGUCCUCCCAUUCCCCCACAACCUCAAUCAUAACCGAGCCUCCUCCACCGAUAGUGCCAAACACGAUAAUAUCACUAGACGACUCUCCCGCCGUGUGGGUGUCACGCUUCCAAAAGCUUCUACGUUUAAACGUCCAGUUUCAGAACAAGGGCACCUUGCUCCCCAGGACCACGAACAUCGUCGUGCACAAUCAGCCGACCGUCGCCCGUUGAGUGCCCAAAGAACCCGGUCUCCACCGCCCGCCGUGGGCCCUCGACUCUCCGCGCCUGAGGUUCAGUGGCUCGGCCCGACGCCCGCUACCACGGUCGACGACCCCCUGAAAACAAACAUCCUAAAUGAAACUGAGACCGAUUCAGAGCCGGAGGACUGGGACUCUUCUCCAGACGUGACACCUGCCCCUAAGGAUCCUCUACCAGAUACUCUCGAGAUGGAGUUGGAACACCGAUGGAUUUUGAAUCUGAGCAUGCACUUCCGGGAUCGCUCGGAAAGGGAGAAGUUCUUCGUAACAUAUGCAGAAACCCCGAACCGAUGGCGACGUGUGACGAUCUCUUGUGAUUACCGUGCAGCACCACCCGAUUCCCUUGAGCAGGAUUUGAAGGAGCUGCGAUACCAGCGGGAUAAGUGUGCGCGGAUAUAUGAGUCAAUUCGAGAAUCCUUACCGGAGAUCCAAUUCUACGAUACCGUGACGAAUUUGAAGGUCGAGACCCGCGAUGGCCGGUUACACGUUCAUGUCACCGAAGAUGUGAAUGAGACGAUACCCUACCCUCCGAUUUCGAGUAUUGGACACUUGCGGGGUGCUCAGUGUGUACCGGAGAACUUUUUACAUUUCGAAAAUCACCUCUCUGGAUUUGUUUACAAAGUGCGACUGGGUGGACACGAGUAUAUCAAGAAGGAGAUUCCAGGUCCCGAUACGGUGGAUGAGUUUUUAUACGAGAUCAAUGCCCUCCAUGCGCUCGAUGGCGCGCCAAACGUCAUCCGGGUGGAAGCAAUUGUGGUCGAUGACCGACAGGAGGUGGUCAAGGGACUCUUGAUCAACUAUGCGACUCAAGGUGCUCUUGUGGAUUUACUGUACGAUCAAAGGGGAAGGAUACCCUUCGCCAGACGCGAACGGUGGGCGAAACAAAUUGUUCAGGGCUUGUGUGAGAUUCACGAGUCAGGUUACGUGCAGGGUGACUUUACAUUGUCAAAUAUUGUGGUGGAUGGCGAUGACAAUGCUCAUAUCAUUGACAUCAACCGCCGAGGAUGCCCUGUCGGAUGGGAACCGCCAGAGAUUGCAGCAAAGAUUGAGAGCAAUCAGCGCAUUUCUAUGUAUAUCGGAGUGAAAACGGACCUGUACCAACUGGGUAUGACAUUGUGGGCUCUCGCCAUGGAAGAAGAUGAACCAGAACGACAGCCCCGUCCAUUGCUAUUUGGCAAUGAUAUCGAUAUUCCGGACUAUUACCGUCGAGUGGUGGACAUCUGCCUCAGCCCAACUCCCCGACACCGAUUAUCAGCCAAGGAUCUUCUUGGUUUCUUCCCACCAGACCUUCUCACACGACCUCUCCCGGCAGGCCGGGAUCGAUACAACGUCGACCAUGACCUCCGCUCUCUCGUCACCAAGGGCAAUGGUGUUGAUCCUGUACCCAUAACCCACGCUUUUAACCAAGUUUCUCACCCCUUCGAUCCUGAAUUUUCGAAACCCCACGACCAUAGCCUGUCUCACCAUAUGUUUUCGGCCCACCCAGCCCAGGGUAAGGGAUCCACCCCAACUCUGGCGGGCUCCAAUGGAGGUGCAGCUUUCUUAUCUCGACAUUCCUCCACAUCCACGUUAAAUCAUCAUGAACAUGACGACCGCCUCGCGCCCUCGUGGGAUAUUCCCCAAUAUGAUCCCCGAGCCGGCAGACUGCCAGACCAUUCAUCCUGGGUCAGUCACGAAAAUGAUCGCAAUAGCCUCGCUCUAGAACAACAAUCCUUCCCUUCAAUAUCCGUCCCAUCAUUGGGGCAACCAUCAAUUGAUCAAGAUUCUGUUAGUGGAAAUGGCAGCUCUCGCCAUCUGGAUAACAAAGCUUCUGUUGCGUUUGAUGAUAAAACACUGCUUCCCACACUGCAUGAUGAACAAAUAUCUGAAUACGUUGAGACUGGCGACGAAUCCGAGCCUCAAAGACAUGACCAUGCAGGCGCAGUGCCUUUUCUCUUCCACUCCAUUCUUCCCAUCAACCCUGCUCUCCCUAUUUCUCGACGGAGGACAUUUCCUGCAGUGGCACAAGAUACCAUUUCUCCGUUUCCGCAUGAUGCUGAGACAUCUGUGCUCGACCCUCCAACUCUCAUGGAAUCUCUUUCCGAGUCUCAACUCCCGAUCAACCCUGCAUUAAAGGAAGAAAGUUACAUUCUUAUUUCCGAGACUUCAAGAAACGACCUUCUUGAAUCACGACUCCCCAUAAACCCAGCUAUCGCAGACAACAUCGCCAGAUUCGUUCAACCGCCGAUUGAAUCAGACACCUGCAUCAGCCCUCCUCUUGAGAAGAAACAACCCCUGGAGCGCGUCCAUUUCCUUCUUCCUCGGAAGCCUGUCUCUAAAACUUUCAUGAAGAAUGAAUCUAUCAUCAAAGUUUCAUCGCUUCUUGAAUCACGACUUCCCAUCAGCCCGGCUGUGGAAGAUGGCCCUGUCCGUGUUACUUCCUCAUCCUCCACCAUCAACCUCCCACUCGAUCAGACCAUUGAAGAGCCUGUCAACUCGGUUUCAUGUCUGCUACAAUCCGCACUCCCCAUCAGCCCAGCCGUUGAUGAUGGACCCGUCCAUAUCACCUCCUCUCCCCCCAAAAUCCAACUCCCGCUCAAUGAUGGUGUCGAAGAACCUUUCAACUCGGUUUCAUCUUUACUACAAUCCGCACUUCCCAUCAGUCCAGCCGUGGAAGAUGGCCCCGUCCACAUCACUGCAUCCUCCACAGUCCCUCUCCCACUCAAUCAGGUUGUUGAAGAACCCGUCACUCCGGUUUCAUGUCUACUACGAUCUGAACUCCCUAUCAACCCCGCUUCUAGAGUCAGAGUCUAG